GUUGUGGUUUGUGUGUAACAUCAAUUUAUUUUGCACAUCGCCGCAUCCAAGAGACUAAAAGGACCUUUUGUAACGAAAAAAAAAAAAUUAUUUCAUAUUAUGGCACGGACGGAGAGACCACUCUUUCGAAUCGCGUACACGCUGUACACAAAGACCAAACUUGGAUACAUUUACUACAUGAGACAGGUGAGAAAAGCUCGCGCUCGAUUCCCCUCUGGCCAUUCAAAGGCACACCCCAUGGAAAUGAACGGUAUUAAAAUAAUACCUAUUCCAGUACUGUCGGACAACUACAGCUACGUGGUAAUUGACAAAGCAUCACAUUUGGCAGUAGUCGUGGACCCCGGUGACCAACAAACAAUACAGACCUGCCUACAAGAAGAAGGAGUGACGUUAGAAGCAGUCCUCUGUACCCACAAACACUGGGACCACAGUGGAGGAAAUAAGGGCCUCAAAAGACUCCACAGUUCUUGCCGAGUGUAUGGGAACGCCAUGGACAACAUUCCAGGCCUUACACACCCUCUCUCGGACAGAGACUCCAUAGACGUGGGCCGUCUACACUUCAGGGCUUUUUUCACCCCAGGGCACACCGUAGGUCACGUGACCUACCUCCUGGACAUGCAGGCCGUCGGGGGCCCCUGCAGCCUCUUCUCAGGGGACCUGGUGUUCCUGUCUGGGUGCGGCAGAAUGUUUGAAGGCAGUGCCUCCACAAUGCUGUCAUCACUGGAUAUGGUGGGUUCUUUGAGUGAUGAGACCCUUCUAUGGCCUGGUCACGAAUAUGCAGAGGAUAACCUGAUGUUUGCCGCCGUGGUGGAGCCCAACAACGCUGCCAGAGAAAACAAAUUUCAGUGGGUCCUACAGCAGAGGAGCCAGAAUUUGUGUACGAGCCCGUCCAGCAUUCGGGAGGAGAAGCAGUACAACCCCUUCCUGCGCAGUCACUCGCCGGAGCUGCACCAGGCCCUGGGCCUCCAGCAGGAGCUGGACGAGGACUGGACCCACUUCCGGGCCCGCGUCCUGGAGGAACUGCGGAGGCGCAAGGAUGUCUACAAGGGCAGAUAAUGACCCCGCCACUCCCCUCCCCCAGGCUCCUCUGGGAUAGGACACUUUGAAACAGGCCUUCUGUGAGGAGCAUUCCUGGCCAGCACCACUUUGCCUGGCAGUGUACAGAACAUGGGCGCGUCAGGGUUACUUCAAAAUUCACAGUUCUGUGUGUGUGUGUGUGUGUGUGUAGGGGCAGCUGUCCUUUUAGAAUGGAAAAAAUACUGUA